GCCCUAUAAAGCAAGUGGGGGGAGAGAGAAAUGAUCUGUGUGCUAGCUGAUGAGAGCAAAGAAAGCAAGCAAGAGCAAGAGGAGGAUCGUUUUUAUGUGUGGUGGACAUGCGCCCUGCUGUCCAGUCCAGAGCAGGCCCUAAUACUCCAAAAUCACCACGCACCAAACUAGUCUGCCUUGCGUUGCUCCUAGUCCCAGCCCGUCCGUCCAUUGCUCUCAUCUUCUUCUUCCUCCUCCUCCAUCCCCUUGCUUGCUGCUUUCCCCUCUCUCUCGCUCGCUCUUGGAUCUCAUACACACCUAAUUAAUAUAGCUAGCUAGCUCCCUUCUUCUUCUCCUUCUUAUCCAUUAUAUAUUGCCAGAUAGAGAUCUCGCUCUCCAUCCUUCGCCGUGUCGUCGUCGUCUCUAUAGCUGCUUAAUUAUAUAUCGAUCUACGAGCUCAUCUGAUCUAUAUCUGUCCCAACUCAUCAUCUCGCCCCGCAUAUAUAUACCCAUCCAUCUUAAUUUAAUCUCUGUUCUCAAUCCCAUCUAUACACAUAUAUAUAGGCGAAUCUAUCUGUAGCUCUAGCUAUAGUUCGAGUUAAUUCUAUUAGCCGCCAGAUUGAGAGAUCAAGCAGCUAGAAUAUAUGUUAUACUGGCUACUUGCUUUAUUACUCUAUUAGCUAUAUAUAGGCACAUAUCCAUCGAUCGAUAUAUACACAUAUAUCCUAGCUACUCCUCCAUGCUUGGGGUGUCGACGCUGCGGAGCCCUAGCAGGAGCAGCAGCAAGGCGGAUCAGCACUGCGGCGGCGGCUUCGUCGGCGACCACCAUGUGGUGUUCCCGACGUCCGGCGGCGGGUCCGACUGCUGCGACGGCUUCGCCAUGGUGGAUGUGGACGACAACCUGCUGGACUACAUCGACUUCAGCUGCGAUGUGCCCUUCUUCGACGCCGACGGGGAUAUCCUCCCGGACCUGGAGGUCGACCCCACGGAGCUCCUCGCAGAGUUCUCGUCCACCCCGCCGCCGGACGACCUGCUGCUGGUCCAUGUCGAUGACGAGGCGGCCAACAACAAGCCGCCGGUGGUGCCGGACGACGACGUGAAGCAACAUCACCUAGCGGUGGUGACGACAGCAGCAGCACAAGAGGAGAAGCAAACAUGUGGUGGUGAUGAGAAACAUGUGGCCGCCAGCAAGCAGACGACGACGGAGGAGGAUUAUUCUGCUGCUUGUGCCGGGGCCGCCGUGUCCGACACCAAGUCGUCGGCGUCGGCGGCAGAGAGCCACAGCAAGAAGAAGGCGGCAGCAGGGAAUAAGAACUCGCACGGCAAGCGCAAGGUAAAGGUUGACUGGACGCCGGAGUUGCACCGGAGGUUCGUGCAGGCGGUGGAGCAGCUGGGCAUCGACAAGGCCGUGCCGUCCCGGAUCCUCGAGAUCAUGGGCAUGGACUGCCUCACAAGACACAACAUUGCCAGCCACCUCCAGAAGUACCGGUCGCACAGAAAGCACCUGAUGGCGCGGGAGGCGGAGGCCGCCACCUGGGCACAGAAGCGGCACAUGUACGCGGCGGCGGCGGGCGGCGGAGCGCCGAGGACAGACGCACCACACGCCAGCCGGCCAUGGGUGGUGCCGACCAUCGGGUUCCCGCCGCCGGCACCCCCGCCCUUCUGCCGGCCGCUGCACGUGUGGGGCCACCCGCCCCACGCCGCCGCGGCUGAAGCUGCCGCUGCGGUGGCUGCGCCUCCGACUCCGAUGCUGCCCGUGUGGCCGCGGCACCUGGCGCCGCCACGGCCGCUGCCGCCGUGGGCGCACCCGCACCCGCCGGCGGUGGACCCGGCGUUCUGGCACCAGCAGUACAACGCGGCCAGGAAAUGGGGUCCACAGGCAGCCGCAGUGACGCAAGGGACGCCGUGCGUGCCGCCGCCCGCCGCCAUGCUGCCGAGGUUUCCGGUGCCGGGGAUGGUGCCGCACCCCAUGUACAGACCGACGAUGGUCCCUCCGCCGCCGCCACCGCCGCCGCCGCAGCCAAGCACCAAGCUCGCCGAACUGCAGCUUGAGCUCGACACGCACCCGUCCAAGGAGAGCAUCGACGCAGCCAUCGGAGAUGUUUUAGUGAAGCCAUGGCUGCCGCUUCCCCUGGGGCUCAAGCCGCCGUCGCUCGACAGCGUCAUGUCCGAGCUGCACAAGCAAGGCGUACCAAGCAUACCACCGGCGGCCACCGCCACCGCCAUCGCCACCGGAUGAUCUCAUCUCAUCUGAUGACGAUAUCAUCAACCACUGCACCACUCGUCGACAUGCAUGUACAAUAGUAACUCUCCGGCCGUCCCUACGGCACGGAUAGAUGUGUAGUACUAUAGACUGCUGCUACUGGCCGGUGUGUACGUAGCUAGCAUGCGCACUGCAUGCCUUACGUACGUACGGAUCCGAUCAUUUCUCUCGUCACCUUUUUUGCCCUCAUCAGCUCCCCCCCCCCCCCCCCCUAGCUAGCUAGCUACCUACUAGUGACGAUCAUUGAGAUGGAGCUACACACAGCCUAUCUAGCUACCUAUUUGAGGGUUUCUUGUUUUCUUCUUGCGCCUGUUGUAUGCUAUAUAUAUAUUGAUGCUCCUGCUGAGACGACCGAGAUGUACGUACGUCUGUGCACACACAUCGGAUUAUAUUGAUAUGAAUAAUAACCAUGCGUAUGUGAGCUAGCUACUUCUCACACA